AUGACCUCAAGGAGGAGGAGGAAGAAGAAGAAGAAGAAGAAGAAGAAGAAGAAGAAUAAGAAGAAGAAGAAGAAGAAGAAGAAGAAGCAGUGGAGGAACCAGGACGUGCAACGAAUCCACUCACGGCAGCCAGCCGGUGGAGACGAAUUCGUGAACGCAUCAGUGGAGUUCUGCGAGGACAACUUCCACCAAACAACGCGUAGAAAUGCGAAGCCUCCCUGA